AUAAUAUUGUGCACCUGUUGUGUAAAGUCUUGGAUCUGCCAUCUGACUAGAAGGGAGGAAAAAAGAGAUGUUACUACAUAAAUUGAAAUGAUGAGCAGAUGACCUUUAGUACAAUAAGAAUCAGAGACAACUUUCUUAAGGAGAAAAAGGAGAGGUAGAGCCAUAUGGAAAACAAAUUAGAAAAGAAGCCUCGAGUUCUCUGCCUCCAUGGCCAUGGAGCCAGUGCUGAAAUAUUGAAGAAAGAAAUGGAACUUGGUUGGCCUCAAACUGUACUUGAGAAGCUCGAUUUGGUGUUCUUAAAUGGACCUUUUCUACUUCAAGAUAAAGUCGACUCUCAUGGCAUUUUUCAUCCACCCUACUUUGAAUGGUUCCAAAAUGAUAAGGACUACAAAGAAUUUUACAAUUUCGAUGAAUGUGUUGAAUACGUAGAAGCUAACAUGGAGAAGUAUGGACCAUUUGAUGGUGUUCUAGGUUUCUCUCAGGGAGCGGUUUUAACUGCAUCAAUGCCUGGAAUGCAAAGGGUAAAAGUGGCUCUGACCAAAGUACCAAAUAUAAAAUUUGUGAUCAUAAUAUCAGGGGCCAAAUUUGGAGGGCGUGAACUUGGAUUGCCCAAGCUUGCUGCUAAUGCAUUUUCAUCUCCUAUCGAGUGCCCAUCUCUACACUUCAUAGGUGAGAAGGAAACCAAAAAGCCAAACGAAGAAGAACUUGUGAAGUGCUUCGUCAAUCCUGUUGUGAUUUAUCACCCAGAGGGGCACAAAGUACCAAAUCUAGAUGCUGAAAGCGUGGAGACUGUGAUAGCAUUUAUCAACAAGGUGAAGAAAAUCAAGAUGCAAUUGCAGGGAAACUCAAAGAUGUAACUUUCUUCUCGGAAGAGAAAAUGUUUUUGUGAAAUAUGACGACAUUUAUUAAUUUAUUUAGCUUGAAGACAGUAAUAAAUGCUAAUUUUUAACUGGUCCGUCCCUUUUGAUUGUAAUAACUCCGUGAGACUCUAAUUUCGGGUUAUUAAUAUGUGUUUUGUAACUAUGGUA